ACUUUACAACGUAAAAGGACAGUCUCUCUCAUCAAACAGGCAAAACCAUCAUCAAGCGCUCAAUAUCCCUUCUCCCUCUGCUUCCUUCGACCACCAUCCCCGUCUCUUCACGACCGCGUCAACCCUUCAUCCCUCCCUCCCUCCCUCCCUUCCUCUCUCUCUCUCUCUGUUGUGCGAUUCUUCGUGAACGUCCGGUGGCCCCUUGCUCCGUCGCCAGCAGCAAGCAAUCUGCGUCCGGAUAAAGCUGUUGGCGGUCUCUGAUUCCGCCCGUGCGCAGCACAGGAAGGUGGAGCUUUGUGCCGGAGCGAGCUCAUCGGAGAUGGUCCAAAUCAAGGAGUUCCGGAUUGUCAUGCCGAUGUCACUGGAUGAGUAUCAGAUAGCUCAGAUGUACAUGGUUACGAAGAUGCAACAGCAGAGUACAACCGAUACUGAGGGGGUGGAUGUUUUGGAGAAUAAGCCCUUUGAGGAUGAUCAAUUGGGGAAGGGUCAAUACACGUCUAAAGUUUAUCGCCUGCAAAGCAAAGCACCGUCAUGGCUCACUACUUUUGCCCCGGCAGAUGCUCUUGUCUUGCAAGAGGAGGCGUGGAAUGCAUAUCCGAGAUGUAAAACAGUAAUCAAGUGUCCAUACUUUACAAAGUUCUCUUUGACUGUUGAGACUGUACAUAAGGCUGACAAUGGGCAAUCAGAAAAUGUUCAUUGUCUAAACAAACAACAAUUAGCAGCUCGGCAAGUGGAAAUUAUCGAUUUAGCUUCAGCUGCAACAGAUUAUUGGAGCUAUAUAAUCGGAGGUAGUGGAGUGGACUUUUCCAAAUUCAAGUCAGCGAAAACUGGACGCGGUCCACUAUUGGAAGGUUGGCAGGGGAAAUGCAAUCCAGUUAUGACUGCAUACAAGUUGGUGACAGUUGAUGCACCAUACUGGGGUUUUGGUUAUCGACUUGAGCAAGCUAUGCUAGCGGGUGAAAGGGCGCUUUUCAUAGAAAGCCAUAGGAAUUGUUUUAGUUGGAUCGAUGAAUGGUUUGGGAUGACAAUGCAACAAGUUCGUGAAUUAGAACAACAGAAGUUCUUAUCUGAGGAGAACAAUGAGAAGACAGUAUCGGCAAAGAACAGGAACAACCUCGACGUCAGAUUCGCAGUGGACGACGAGAACAUUUACAACGUGAGGCCUCAACUAACAUCCGAGCGGCAGCCCCUUCCUUUGGACACAAGAAUUAUCAAUUGAUGUUGAAUAUUCACAUACCUUAAUGCCGAUUGCUUGCGGGGAAAUUCUUUUGUAGGGUAAACAUUCACUCUAUAGAAAAUUUAUGAAAGAAAAGACAUUAACUUAAUACACGUACAGAAAUAAGAUUUUUACUUAUAUA